UCAUUGCGGUUUACGGCCGCGGUGAAUGCCUAACGUAACACUGAAACUUCAAACAAACGUAACUUUGUGCUCGGUUAUCCGAUUGGCGAAAAAAUAUUUCGAUUCCACAUAACUUUUCAAGAUCUUUCAAUCUGAAACAAGCCUUCAUCCCAAAAAAAAUUCGUUUGCUACCCCGAACGAGCAAUUUUUCGAUUUGACAAACUUUGGAAGACCAUAACUUUGUGCUCCACAAUCCGAAUGUCGUUAAACUUUUUUGAUUUCGCAUAACUUUUUUUUUAACAAAAGAUAAUCAUAUAUAUUGAAAAAAGAGAGUUACAUCCUAGCACGAAGCCAGCCAUUGAAAUCAAAACAGCGACUUGCAGCCCGGUACAAUAAAAGUAGGGAUGGCAAUGGGGCGGGUUUGGGGCGGAUUUGUCUAAACCAUCCCCAUCUCCAUCUUCAAAUAUCCAAACCCAUACCUGCGCCAUACCCAUGCGGGGGAAUGUUUGGCAAACGCAUCCCCAUACCCGGGGGUUUCGGGUACCCAUGGGUAAUAUCCGUACCCGUACAUCCAACAUUAUUAUCCUAAAAUUUACAAGAAAAGUUUUAACUACAACUCUAAACGUACCUAUUAUAUCACGAAUUCAACAAAACACGAUCAUUUUCUUAAUACGGUUCAAAGAAUAUGAUUCUAAAACAUUCGUUAAUACAUAAUAUAGAGUAUAAUAUUUUUUAAAUUAUUAUUCUAACUCUGAUACAUCUACUAAGAAAUAAUUAACUAACAUAAUCUUGUUGACAAGGGGGAAGUGAAAGAGUGAAAGGAUAAUUGAGGGAAAUGAAUUAGGUUUUGAUUAAGGUGGUCACUCAAUUGCAUUUCUACUAUUUAUUUCCUCGAGUUAUCCUCAUCAUCAUUGAUAGAUUACAAUUUGAUCUACAUAUUUUUGUAUAUGUGAAGAAAUUCUCUUGGUGGGGCGGAUAUGGGUAUGGGUAUGGGGUGGGGGAGGCUAAAACCAUACCCGCCCCAUACCCGAUCAAAGCGGGGAUUACCCGCGUUCACUGGGCCGGGGGCGGUCGGAUACCCGCGACCAUGGGUUUGAUUGACAUCCCUAAAUAAAAGGGCUUUCCUUGCCACCCUAUGGGCCACCCGAUUGUUCCUACGACCUACAAAUCGCACACUUAAGCCACGAUGAACCGAAAGGUAUCCUAUAACCUCCUCCAGAAUCGCCCCCAUUCGGCUAUCCCUGUUAUCCGCUUGCAGGACGUUGUCGAUCACCACCUUAGCAUCCCCCUCAAAGCGAACUGCCGAAAGCCCCAUCCCCAAGCACCAAAGGAUCGCCUCCCGAAGCACUAUCAACUCCACCACCAUAGGAUCGUCCACAACAGGUAUUGCGUCCCAUGCGCAAUAAUGGUCUGGCCCUCCUGGUCUAGGAGGACCAUCCCGCCUGCCGAGUGCGACCCGCACUUAGUGGCCCAUCCCAUCGACAAACCAUCCUAUCAUCCCCAGCUCCAGGCCCUGGCUGCGGUGGCACUGCUUCCCGCCGAACCCCCUGGUCCAUAGGAAGGUGGGCCCACUCUUGAUGCUGCUGAUGGUACUGGCGCAUGAGUGCCGGGAUCCCGAACUGCUUGCCCUCAAACACUACCUAAUUCCUUGAUCGCCAGAUUCGCCACAAGAGGGCCACCACCGCCCACCACUGGGCCGGGGAUACUAUAGCCAUCAACUUUUUUAGGAAAAAAGGAAAAGAAUGGCGCGACAACCCCUGACCCAAAUCAUCAAGACCCGAGUGAUCCCAAAGGGCCCUAGCCACCGGGGCAGAACCAAAACAAAUGUUCCAUUGGACUACAACUUUGAUUAUAACCAUAAUUUUGGAAAGUAUGUGGAUUGGUGAAAAGUAAAGGCAAAGUUAUUGCCAAAAUCCAGUAUACCCAAAAAUAUUUCUUUUUUAAAAAAUUCUUUCCUAGUAAAAGUUGUAGUUCUUAAAAAGUUAGGUGCAAUAAAAAAAAACUUUACGACGUUCGAAUCGAGGAGCUAAAAGUUAUAGCCUUCCAAAGUUUGGCAAAAUAAAAAAAUUGCUCGUUUGGGGUAGCAAACGACAAUUUUUUUAGAUUAAGUCUUAUUGCAGAUUGAAAGAUCUCGAAAAGUUAUAUGGAAUCAAAAAAUAGUUCGCUACAAUCGGAUAACCGAGCGCAAAGUUACAUUUGUUUGAAGUUUCAGUGUUACGUCAGGCAUUCACAGCGGUCGUCAACCGCGGUGAUGCAUUCACCGCUUUGGUCUGCCGCGGUGAAGCCCAAACAUGUGUAUUUUGAGAUUUUUUUUAUAACGUGUGUAUUUUGAGAACUAUUUUUAAAAAUAUAAGUAUUUUAGGAUUUCAUCCAAUUAUAUAAGCAAUGCAGUCGAAAGAGCGAUUCUACCUAGAAGCGGAAAAGGCGUAAAGCGUAUAAUCAAAGCGUAAAAGCGUAAGUUUUUUACGCAUACUGUAAAAUAACUAAAAAUCUAUUAAGUAGGAUAUAUACUAUGUAAAAUAUGAAUGCACAUAAUUUAGAUAAGUUAAUAAAGACACGCAAUUCAUGCCUAAAGUAGAGCAACUUAUAGAAUCUUAAUAAUAAGUUCGUAAACAUAAAUUCGAGAAGAGCCUAGCUGGUGAAUUAUUACUAUAUUGAAGUUGAGAAUGCAUCCAAGUACUUGCUGGUAUGUAUUUUUUAAUCUCAAAUGCAUCAUGUUGUUGGUGAUUUACUUUUAAAAUAUACUUUUUAUAAUUAAUUUCAUGAAAAGAAUAUUCAUUUAGUGAACUAGAAGCGUAAAAGCGUAAACGUUUAAGUUUUAAAGCGCAAUUUAGUCUGAUUUUAUACAUUUAAGUUUUUAUAUGGAAACGGAAGCGUUUUGGUGACUUAAAAAUUAAAAGCGUAAAAUCGUAAGUUUUUAAGUUUUAAAACACGAUUUUAACUGCAUUGUAUAUAAGCAGUAGAAACUCGUACAAUGAUUAAGCCAUUUUAAGCCCCACCCACCUUACUUCUAAGGUGGUUUGAAAUUAGUCGGUUUCUCUUCAAAGAAUCGUAAUAGACUAUUUUAUAUUGAAACGGUGUAUUAAUAUGCAUUUAACCGUUUCAUAACGUUAAAAAUUACUUAUCAAUUUAAACUAGUUUAGUCUGUAAUAGAAUAUUUACUUGAUAGACUCAUCAGUGAAUUAUUUUAUAUUCAAAUUAUCAUUUAAUGGUUGUCCAAUUGUAUCAUGCCAAACACGUAAAAUAUUUGUAUUAAUAUAUCUAACUAUUUCAUAAUGCUAAAAAUUAUUUAUCAAUUUAAACUAGUUUAGUCCAUAAUAGGAAAUUUUCUUGAUCAAUCCGUCGAUAGAUUAUUUUAUAUGUAAAUGAUUUAAAUUGUCAUUUCAUCGGUGUUCAACUGUAUCAUGGCAACAAAAAAUACGUUAAGAUAUU